GGCGCUGGCCCCCGGCGGGCGGGAAGAUGGCGGCGGGCGGCGGGGGCGGGGGCGGCGGCGGCGGCGGCGGCCCUGAGGCGCCAGGUUCCAGCCCCUCCCGUGCCCCCCGAGGGGAGCCCUGAGGGCCCCGCACGCGCUCCGAGAUGAGCAGCAAGGACCCCCCCGAGGUCUCUGAGAGGAGCCACCUGAAGGUUUUCCUGCCCCGGAAGCUGGUGGAAUGUUUGCCCAAAUGUCCCGUCCUCCCCAAGGAGCAGCUGCGCUGGAACACCAACGAGGAAAUCGCCUCGUACCUCAUCACCUUUGAGAAACACGACGAGUGGCUCUCGUGCUCCCCAAAAACCAGGCCGCAGAACGGGUCGGUGAUCCUGUACAACCGGAAGAAGGUCAAGUACCGCAAGGACGGGUACUGCUGGAAAAAGCGCAAGGAUGGGAAGACGACACGCGAGGACCACAUGAAGCUGAAGGUGCAGGGAGUGGAGUGCCUCUACGGCUGCUACGUCCACUCGUCCAUCGUGCCCACCUUCCACCGCCGCUGCUACUGGCUCCUGCAGAACCCCGACAUCGUCCUGGUCCACUACCUGAACGUGCCGGCCAUGGAGGAGUGCGGGCGGCCCUGCGCCCCCCGGCUCUGCAGCCCCCCGCUGUGCGCCGGGGCCCCCCCGAUCUGCGCCGCCAGCGCCGACCCCCGCGAGUGGCUCAAGUGGUCCCAGGAGGAGCUGGUGGCCCAGCUGCGCCCCAUGUUCCACGGGGUGAAGUGGGGCUGCGGGAAUGGGGGGGCUGCCCCUGGGCUGUCCCUGGAGCAGCUGGUGCAGCACGUCCUGGAGCGGCACCAGGCCCGGCCGCCCCCCCGCACCCACGCCUGCCUCUGCGCCGGGGGGCUGGGCACUCCCGGCCACAAGUGCAGCAGCACCAAACACCGCAUCAUCUCCCCCAAAGUGGAGCGGGGGGGCGAGGGGGGCACGCCGGGGGACCCCCCCAAACCCGCCCCCUCCUCCCCUGACACUACCCAGCCUUCCCCAGGCCUGGGGGGGGGCACGGUGCCCCCCGAGGGGCCCCGAGCCCCCCCAUUCCCCCCCGCGGGGGGGCUGCCGCUCCUGGUGGUGGCCAGUUUGGGUGGGGGGGCAGCGCCAGGGGGGCCUGAGCAGCCGCUGGGCCUGACCCCCAGCCAGCACCUGGUGACCCCCGAGGGGACCUGUCCCACCGCCCCGCCACCCCCGGCUGCCUUCGACCCUGACUGCUUCCUCAACAGCCCCCGCCGCGGGCAGACCUACGGCUGCGAGGCUGAGGCCCCCCCCGGCGCGCCCCCCCCGCCCCCAGCCGCGGCCCCAAAACUGGAGGAGGACGAGGAGGAGGCGGAGGAAGAGGAGGAGGAGGAGGGAAAGCAGGGCGCGGCUCCCCAGGACCCCCUCUGUGAACUCAGUGCCGCCCCCCUGCCCCAGCCCCCGUUCCCCCUGCCCUUCCCCGAGCUGCUGGUGGGGGACACGGGGGUCCCACCAAACCUGCGUGAGCCCCCCCACACCCCCCACCUCCCCUCUUCCCCCACGGGCCCCCCCAGCGACCCCCCUGUGGCCAUCACCGAUUUCUCCCCAGAGUGGUCCUACCCUGAGGGCGGGGUGAAGGUGCUGAUCACAGGCCCAUGGGGGGACCCCGGUGCCUACUCCUGUCUCUUCGACCGCACCUCGGUUCCGGCCGCGCUGGUCCAGCCGGGUGUCCUGCGCUGCUACUGCCCCCCCCACGAGGCCGGAGUGGCCGCCCUGCGCGUGGCCUGUCCCCCCCGGCUGCUCUCGGCUGCGGCCCCAUUCGAGUACCGGGCACGGGGAGCGGCGCGGGGCCCUCCCGGGGCGCAGCUGGACUGGCUGGCACUGGACGAGGCCCAGUUCCGUCUGUCCAUCCUGGAGCGCCUGGAGCAGCUGGAGACGCGUCUGGGGGCCCUGCCUCCCCCCGCACCCCUUCCGCCCCCACGGGGGUCCCCCUCCGAGACCCCCCCCGAGCAGGGGCCGGGGUCAUCCUUUGAGGCGCGGGUGGUGGCCAUCUGCGAGGCCAUGAUGGCGCGGCCAGGCUGGUCGGGGACGUCGCUGGGGACAUCGGGGACCUCGAUGCUGGCGCACGGGGUGACGUUCCGUGGGAUGACGCUGCUGCACCUGGCGGCCGCCCAGGGCUAUGCCAGCCUGGUGGAGGCUCUUCGGCGCUGGCGGGCGCUGGCAGUUGAGAGCCUGGAGCUGGAGCAGGAGAUCGACCCCCUCAACGUGGACCAUUUCUCCUGCACCCCCCUGAUGUGGGCGUGUGCCCUGGGGCACCGGGAGGCGGCGGAGCGGCUGUGCCGCUGGGACCGGCGGGCGCUGGCCGUCCCCGACACCCUGGGGCGGCUGCCACUGGCCCUGGCACGUGCCCGCGGCCACCUGGCCCUGGUCACCCGCCUCGAGGAGCUGCAGAUGUCACCUGUGUCCCCACGCUGUCACCUGCCUGGCCUGCGCAUCCCUUCCCCGCUCUCUGCCAGCCCUGACACAGGGCUCAGCACAGCCAGCAGCCUGUCAUCCCCAUCGGGUCUCUCGGAGGGCCCUGCCUCUGUCCCGCUGCCCCCCGGCCCCCCUGGUCCCUGCGAGGAUGAGAGCUGGGGGGUGGCAGUGCCCCCCAGCCCCCCUGAGGAUGCCCUGGCCCCGCCCUCCGACACCCUGCAGGCCGAGGUGGUGACGCUGGCGCGACAGAUCAUCGAGGCGACCCCUGAACGCAUCAAGCAGGAGGCACCGGGGGGGCCACCGGGGGCACUGGGAGCGCUGGGAGCAGCAGGGGGGACAACGGGGACACCGGGGCCAGCCGGGCCAGCAGGGCUUGGUGCUGCCAUGGCCUGGCUGGCCACGUACCUGGAGAGCGUUGACCGUCCCCCCGCUCCUGCUAACAGAGCGGAGGUGGCCUCACGGGGGUCCCCGGGGAUCCCCGAGCGGCCGCCCCCCCCUUCGGCCGCGGGCUGGGCUGAGUUCCUGAACGCCUCGGGGGGGGCGCGGGGCGAGGGGGGGGCCGUGGCCCUGCUGACCCUCAGUGACCAGGAGCAGCACGAGCUCUACGAGGCCGCGCGUCUUGUCCAGGGCGCUUUCCGCAAGUACCGGGGCCGGAGGCUGAAGGAGCAGCAGGAGCUGGCUGCCGCCGUCAUCCAGCGCUGCUACCGCAAGUACAAGCAGCUGACCUGGAUCGCUCUGAAGUUCGCCCUGUUCCAGCGGAUGACGCAGGCCGCCAUCCUGAUCCAGAGCAAGUUCCGGAGCUACGCGGAGCAGAAGCGAUUCCAGCGGCGCCGGCGCGCGGCCGUGCUCAUCCAGCAGCGCUUCCGCAGCCUCCGCCAGCACCGGUGUGACCAGGGGCACUGGGGGACGCUGGGGACGCAGGGGGCCGGGGGCAGAGGGGUCCUCACCCUCCCCUCCAUUCCGCCCAGGAGCACCUUCCUCACCCUCAAGCAGGACCAGGCAGCCCGGAAGAUCAUGAGGUUCCUGCGGCGCUGCCGCCACCGGAUGGAGGAGCUGAAGCAGAGCAAGGAGGUGGACAGUUUACAGACGCGGGGCCUGGCCUCGUGACCCCCCCGCUGCGGAUCCCGGCGCUGGGGGGGCUCCACUCCCCCGCCACGUGGGACCCAGGCAAUGGGGGACCCUCACUGCCCCCCAGGCGUGGGGGGGGAGCGCCCCUCCCUGCCCCCCCCAGGCGUGUCUGGGUGUCCCCGGAGGGCUCGUGCGGAGGGCAGGAAGGGGGAAGAGCCGCCCCGCGCCCCCUCCCCACUCGCCCCUGUACCUCCCCCGCAUGCCCACUCCCCCCCCCCCCCCCCCCGCCCCGCGUGGGCUCUUUGUACAAAGUUCCAUUAAAAGACGAGGAAGCGGGA